AUGGUUCAUCUACAAACAUGGUGCAUAGCUUUGGCCUACUACGCCGCGACUUGUCCUGCAGCUUUUGUGAAGCCUCCUAGCCUUGUCUCCAAGUCUGUACCGCUCGAUCUCUCAUCCUACUUGAACAACAAAGCCUUUGGCACUUUCGCAGGAGAAGCAGCAUUUGAUCCUUUGAACCAAUCUUAUCCUGCACCUAUAGUUGGGCACAAUGGCUCUUAUGUUUCUACACAAAGUGGGAUCAUCUAUAACUUCCCUGGCUAUACUGGGAGACACAAACCGGAUAAUGUGCUCUGUACCGGCCAAACCAUUCAAGUACCGGAAGGGAACUACUUUUCAGCCUCUAUACUUGUGGCCUCGGAUGUCGAACUCGAGACAGUCUCUGGUGAUUUGAUCUUUACCCAUAAAGACAAUACCACCUCGAUCUCCGAACUGCGGAGUGAGCCAUGGUUUGCUUUCUUAACCAUCAAUCGCGGAGAGAUCAUUCUUCCCUACAGAUACACGACCAAUGGCACGAACUUCAACACCACCCACAUCUACGAAUAUAGCUAUGCUCUGCCUAGUGACAAGCAACUGGCCUCGAUAACGCUACCAAAGACAACGAACACUACUACCGGCAGAUUGCAUGUCUUUGCAAUCUCGCUUUGGCAAGGCUCUGAGGUGUCUGUCCAAUCUAUUCGUUCCACUCAAAAAUGGCUCGGCAAUGGCACUCAGGUCGUUGAGGUCACGGUUAACAAUGCAGGCACAGAUUGUGUGUCAGGCAAAGGACUUGAUAUUAAACUGUCAGGUGGCAAUGUUACAACAAUCGUCCCAGGCCAUGUCAAAAGACUUUGUCCUGGUGAUCAAAAGCGCGUCAACGUCGGUGUCACCGGAAAAUCCAUGGGUGCAGUGGCUGUCACGUUAGAUGAUGGCUCGCUACAGCAAAUUCAAUCAUUCAAUGGAGUUGACCUCGGCCUCUCAGCAUGGACAUCUGAUCUUGACAACCUUGCGCAGCACGAGGCACCCGACUGGUAUGAUAGCGCCAAGUUUGGUAUUUUCAUACACUGGGGCCCAUACUCUGUUCCUGGUUGGGGCAAUUCGACUCCACAUGAGAGCUAUGCUGAGUGGUUUUGGUGGUAUACGACUCAUCAUCCUGAGGCAGAUGCCUCGGAUUUCUACAACUACAGAUUGCGGACCUUCGGACCCGAAUGGAAUUAUGACGACGGUUUUGUCAACUAUACUGCUUCGAAUUUUGAUCCGAAGGCUUGGGUGGACCUCUUUGCAGAAGCUGGAGCUAAGUACUUUGUCUUUACUACAAAGCACCAUGAUGGGUUCGCCAACUUCGACACUGGUCUGACAAGCAAUCGGUCCUCCUUGCACUACGGAUCCAAACGAGAUUUACUGGGCGAGCUCUUUGAUGCAGCGGCGAAACAUCAACCGUCUCUACGUAGAGGAACUUAUUUCUCGCUGCCAGAGUGGUUCAAUCCUGACUUUGGACCAUAUGGAUUCUCGCAGUUGGCUACCAACAGUUCUACGUCUUGGCCUGGUAUGCUUGCUAGAAACCCAUAUACGGGAUUCAAUGAGCCAUACACUGGUCAUGUUCCUGUGGACGACUUUAUCACCGAUGUCAUGGUCCCUCAAAUGGAGAUUCUUGCAUACAAUUACUCUACGGACAUCAUAUGGUGUGAUUGUGGAGCCGCAAAUGGCACCGCAGAUUUUGCUGCAGCAUGGUGGAAUAAGGCACGCACCCAAAACAGAGAGGUUACGAUGAACUCUCGUUGCGGACUCGCUCACACAGCAGACUUUGACACGCCAGAAUAUGCGACAUUCUCUACUGUUCAAGCAAGGAAAUGGGAGAGCAACCAAGGCAUGGAUCCAUACAGUUAUGGUUACAACCGAGCGACUGAACCAUCUGCAUACAUGAAUGCUAGCACCAUAGUGCGAGAUCUUGUCGACAUGGUCUCGAAGAACGGCAAUUUCCUACUCGACGUUGGACCCAGAGCAGACGGCACCAUCGUCCAGGAAGAACAGGACAACUUGCGAGCAGCUGGAAAAUGGAUCAAUGCUCAUGCAGAAGCCAUUUUCAACACUACCUACUGGUUCAUCACGCCCGAGGAUCCGACUGGAAAUAUCCGGUUCACGCAGACCAACGAUGCUUUCUACAUCCUGUCUCUCAGACAGCCAGCAAACGAGACAUUAGUUGUCGACGCACCAGUACCAAUCAUGCCAGGAGACGUGGUGACUACUGUUGGCAUCAAGAACAACACUAGCUUGAGGUGGUGGAAGACGAAGACCGGUGCUUUGAAGAUUCAUGUUCCACACAAUGCCACAAGUGCAGAGGAGUACUGCUGGGCCUUCAAAGUGGAAUAUCGUGCUUGA